UUGUUGCUCCGGGUGAAAAUGCAUAUAAGAAAUUACGCCAGCAUUUUGGUGAUGAAUUCUUUGACAGUGUAAGUGGUGAAUUGUUACGGAAAAAACUCGGUGAUUUAGUUUUCUCUGAUAAAAAUACUCGUCAUUUGGUCAAUUCAAUUACACAUCCCGAAAUACGUAAAAUUAUAGCAUUUCAAAUUUUACAACAUUUUUUUCGUGGUGAAAAGUUUGUUGUUUUAGAUCUUCCAUUACUUUUUGAAGCUGGUUAUGCAAAAAUUCUACAAUCAAUUGUAUUGGUUGAUUGUCUUGAAGAUAUUCAAUUGAAACGGUUGCAGCAGCGCGAUAAUAUUGAUGAAGGAGAGGCUCGUAAACGAAUCGAUGCACAGUAUCCAAUGUCUGAUAAACGUCGUCGUGCAACUCAUAUUGUGAAUAAUAGUGGCACUAUUGAACAGACACGAAUUCAAUUAUUUGCUGUACCAUAUUGUGUUAUUACAACUGUUUGA